AUGUUGUUUAUAUUUCGUCCCUCGGUUCCCCUCACCAACUGUCCUCCAGACGUUAAACCCCAUCAUGACUCCUCUCCAGCCGCCUGUCUAUGCACUCCUCCUCGGCCUCUUCCUGGCCUCCCUCCCCGCUACCUCCUCUCGCCGGUUCCGGAUCCCCCCUCACGACCAGGUGGCCCGGGUCGCCCGCUUCGUUGCCCACCAGGUGGACUGGGCCUCCAUGGCCACCAUCUCCACCCACAAGCCAGUGGUGGGGCAGCCUUUCUCCAACGCUUUCUCGAUGAGUGACGGACCGGAGGGGUCGAGCUCCGGGGUGCCCUACAUGUACCUGACUCGCAUGGAGAUCUCGGUGCAGGACCUGGAGGUAAAACUACGACGAGCAGCUGAACAGUUUUUAAUCUAAAAACACUCUUAAACUUAUUUCAAAGUUUUCAAGAUUCACUGUAAACUUUAUCCUGAAAGCGUCAGUUCAGUUUCCCCAGCACCAAACCUCAUUGAAAAAUCACACAAUUUAGUCAAACUGCUGAUGACAUUUUACCGCUAAUUUGUUGUAAUUUUAACAUUAAUAAGUUUCCAUAACGUUUGAACUCAUUCUUAAAAACCCUCUUGUAUACAUUUGUCAAGUUUAAUCCAAACUGUGUGUGUAAUAACUCUAAUGUCCCCAGUUUGUUUGGUCCAAUAAUAAAGUAUUUGUUCAACCAAAGUACGUUUAAAAAUGAACCAAUUUAAUGAUUUAUGUCUCAAGCGCUCCUAAAACUUCAUAUUUCCCUCUGUGUGUUCGAUGAAAUGGAAUAAAAACAUGCCUAAAAAAUUCUGGAAAGCUAAGCUGUGUUUUGAAAGGUUUAUAUUAACAUAUAUAUAUAUAUAUAUAUAUAUAUAUAUAUAUAUAUAUAUAUUUUUUUAAUAUUUAGCAUUCCCAGAUAUUUAAAAUGUUAAACAUUUCAUAAAUUACUACCAGCAAAUUAUAAAAAAAAGAUACAAAAAAACUGACUAAAAAAAUAACAAGAAAUCCCAAAAAUAGAUAAGAAUUAACUGAAAUUAUGUUGAAUCAAGUUAAAAUAAGGCAGCACUAAACUCAAAAUUUGAGCAUAUGAAAGUACAGUUUUUUCCAACCCUGUCAAAGAUUAAAAAACACGUAGAUAUAUUAUUAUAUAAAGUCAAAAUUCGAUAUAUUAUAUAGUGUUUAAAUUGCGUACAACACAAGCUUUUAGUUUUCAAAUUAUAAUUAAGAAUAGCUCAAAAUAGAGCCUGUUUGUUUUUUACCAAUUUAAGUCACAUUAUGUGGCAGCAAUUAAUAAAAAGUUCAUUAAAAAUUCAAAGAAAAUAUAAUUUUAAAAUAUUUGAGUGAUCUAUUAUGUUUUUACUCUGAAAUAAUUAAUAACCUAAUAAAGUCUGCAGAGUUUUAAAGCAGCUUUAAACUCAAAAUAUUUCAUAUAGGGUUCUUUGAAUGAUGUUUAAAUAAAUAAUAAAGGCUCAUUAAUCAAUAUUUGUAAAAACCUUCACUCUUGUUUUUCUGUAAUAUUAGGCCUAUUAAAUAUUGUAAAGAAAAAUUUUUCUGUUUUAUGCAACAUCGGAGGCCUCGCCAUGACGCAGCACUUUUUUCACUCUGUGACGCUGCAGUUUUGGGGUGAAAGUCACAUGUUUUAGUUGAGGUCACGUGACAGGAAACCACAGAGUGAUGAGCUAGACAAGAAACAUGAGAACAUACAGGGAAAAGUUUUAUGAUCCUGUUAAUGUUGAGGUAAUGAAAGUUUAUGGACCGGAAAAUGACUGAAGGGAAGUGUGACAGGAGGAGAUAUGAGAGGUUUUUAUCAGCGGAGACAGUAAGUUAUUUAUGCCCUAAAGAGCAUGUUUAACUUAUAUGUAUGUUAUAUAAGAGAGGUCAGAGUUCAGGGAGAUUGCUGCCAUGACUACAAAUGAUCAAACUUUAAUAAUAAUAAUAAUAAUCUUUGAAAAAUCCUGAAAUCUUUGCGAGUGAAAGGCAGAAAUGAAUUUUUCUUAGAGAUUUCCUCAGCGAAAAAGUUUUUAUGCUUUUAAUUUGGUAUCUGUCCUCUCAUUAAGUUAGCUUUCUUUCCUGUGUGUUAAAGGCAUGCUUAUAUUUUGAAAUGAAGUACAUGCACAUCCAGGCGGUCAGAAGUUACGUAACAGAGUAAAAACAAUAAAAAAAUGUCAAUACUGAGUUUAUUCACACCUCCUGAGACACUGUUACAGUGUUUUAUGUUGUUUUAUGGUGUUUUGGAUUACAGUUUUUGGCGUGAAUUUUAUUUUACGUUUAAAAAAUAAUAAUUCUUAAUGGUUUUAAGUGUUUUUGUGUAGGUCGUUUUGCAGCUUACAGUCUGUUGUCUCUGCAGGUGAACCCUCAGGCGUCUCUGUCCAUGUCUCUGGCUCAGACAGAUUACUGCAGACAGCAGGGCUUCGACCCUCAGAGUCCUCUCUGUGCUCACAUCAUUCUGUCUGGAUCUGUGAUGGAGGUACAAAUAAACUUAUUUAAUAAAUACACACCUGUUUGUCCAGGUGAGCGGUCACAUGACCUCCCUCCCCUCUGUGAUUCUCAUCCAAGGUGAACGGGACGGAGGCUGAAUUUGCUAAGAAAGCUCUGUUCACGCGACACCCGGAGAUGAUCGACUGGCCGACUGAUCACAACUGGUUCUUCGCCAAAUUCAACAUCACACAGGUGCGUCAACAAAUACUGAAGCUGAUGAAAAUAACCACGACCUUAUCGGCCAGUCAGAUAACAGGAAUCCUUGUUAACGUACCUCUCAUCCCUCCUUGUUUCAGGUGUGGGUGUUGGAUUAUUUCGGUGGCGUGAAGACCGUCACUCCUGAGGAGUACUUCCAGGCAGAGCCAUACAGGAAGCACCACUGAUGAUCAGGCAGCUGGUCCUUGUAGUUCCUUGUUUAAUGGACUACAGAAAUAUUUGUAUGUUUUUCAGGUAUUUUCUAAAAAAGUGAAAUGAAAUAUACGACUAUAGAUGUUUGAUUUCUUGACGUGAUCAGGGAUGUUUGGACAAACCCUUCUUCGUUUUUUUCUUUGGCUGCAAGAACAAAAACACAUUAAUUUCAAUUUUAAUAUCAAUGUUACAUUUCUUUUGUUGAUUUAGGCCAUAUUAUGUAAAUGUGAUUGAUAAUGAGUGAAAAAAUAUCUUUUUUUCUUUUUGAAUGAUUAAAAAAUCAGCCGCAGUACUACAGUUUGACUGCUGGGGGGAGCUGCUGAGCUAAAAUCCAGACUUAUAAAAACAGACAAAAGAUCUCAAUUAGUUUUAUAGUUAUGUUCAGCUGCAGAGGUAAGAAAACUUUGAAGUAGGUGCUCUAGAAGAGAAAAAUUUACCUUUAUCUAGUCAUUUCUUUUAAAUGUUAGUCUAAAUUUUGCUGCACUGAUUCUGAAAUAAGUUGCUCUUUACUCAUGUGCCUUCUUAGAUGCUUAUACAUUUUUCUCCCUGACAUUCGACACUCUAGUUUUAAGGUUUUUUUGUGGGUUCAUGCAGCUCCCCCUCCAGAUCUCACUGUCACACAGACUGAAAAAGUGCCUGAAGCUCAGAUUUGCACAACAAAGCCACAACAGACUGCACUUUAUUGCUUUGUUGUUAAACAGGAGUGAGCAGAUUUUAGCGACUGUUUUUAGAGGUAAUCAUGUAAUUAUCAUGAAAUGUGGAUUUGAAUGAGUAAAAACUGAAUAAAGCCAUUUUAAAUCAUAUUCAAA